GAACACAAUUAACCGUUACUCUCGUUAAUCCUCUAAAUUUUUAAUAAAAUGACAACGCACCAAACCAACGAGUGAUUAGAGAGAGUUUAAGCUGUCUUGACCCCACGUUCUCUGUGGCAUGUUUUGUCGUUUUGGCUAUUUAACCAAAUCGUUUAGGUUGCUCUGUUCUUCUAUCAAUCGGGUCAUUUUUUUUUUCUUUAUUUCUGGUGAGAUAUUACGAAACCACCAAGAAAAAAGAUUCCUUCGCCGGAAUAAAUCACCGGAGAUAAAGAAAAAGAAUGGCGUCCCUGAAAUUUCCUUUGGAGAUUCUCGCCGUCUUCGUAAUCAUCUCCGUGAUUCUUUUGCCGAUUGCUCAUGCUCAAUCUUCUUCGCCAGCUCCCGCACCCACCAGCGACGGAACAUCGAUAGAUCAGGGGAUAGCGUAUGUUCUAAUGUUGGUGGCGUUGGCGUUGACUUAUUUCAUUCACUAAAACGUGAUGGAUCCGAUCAUUUUGUUUGUUGUCAUCCACAAUGGUUUUGCUUUCUCCUAGUAAUUAAUUUUGUGUUCUCCAACUCUUCUUUUUCUAUGGUUUGUGACGUGAGAUUUGUAGAAAGUCAAAAGUAGGUUUUGGUCCUCAUGCUUUGUUCUGUUUUUGUUGGUUGGUUUAUUCAUGUAAUUUAUUUGUUCUUGUUUAAUGGAAAGCGUAAUUA